AUGUCUUCACUUAAAGAUCACGUGCCUAAGAUAAUGGAGAAAGGUGAGUUUGAUGAGAUUGUUGAUAAAGAGAUUUUGAAUGAUUUGGGUGGGGAUGAUGAUUUGGUUCUGAGACGAAAGCCGUGUGGUAGUAGUGAAGGCAGUUGCAGCAGCAGCAACCAUGAAGAGGAAGAUGGAAGAAGCUUAAUGAAAGAACGACUUCAACGGUGGCUACGUGAACUAAGAGACCAUGCAGAUUCCAACAUUGUGAUCAUGAUGGCUGGGAACAAAGCUGAUCUAAACCACUUGAGAUCAGUAGCUGAGGAAGAUGGUCAUAAGACAGAAAGUCUCUCUUUCUUGGAAACAUCUGCUCUUGAAGCCACCAAUGUCGAGAAAGCAUUUUAA